GUUGAACCAUGGCGACGACAAUUCCAGGAUCACUGGUCAAUAAGACCAAAAAAUUCUUUAUGGGAAUGCCAGCACCAACAGGAUAUGUUCCUGGAGUUGGUAGAGGUGCCACUGGCUUCACAACUCGUUCUGACAUUGGUCCAGCACGUGAUCCCACUGAACUACCAGAAGCCGGACCAGUCGGACCAUCACCACAAGGAGCUUCAUCGUCAUCAGCUCCACCAGCAAAGCGAGCCCGGGAUGAUGAUGGAGAUGGAGAAGAUCUGAACGAGGCGAAUUAUGAUGAAUUUUCGGGUUAUAGUGGAAGUUUGUUCUCGAAAGAUCCGUAUGAUCAGGAGGAUGAGGAUGCUGAUCGUAUUUAUAAUGAGGUUGAUGAUCGAUUGGAUGAACGGCAUAAGGAACGGAGAGAGAAAAAGUACAAGGAGCUCGUCGAACUCUUCCAUAAAGACCGCCCGAAAAUUCAACAAGGAUUUCAGGAUUUGAAGAGACAAUUGGCUGAGGUAACCGAAGAUGAAUGGCAAGCGAUUCCAGAAGUCGGUGAUAUGCGUAACAAGGCAAAACGUAACGCCCGUGCCGAGAAAUUCACUCCCGUUCCUGAUUCAAUUAUUGCGAUGAACAUGAAUUAUGGACAAAUGAGCCAUUCAAUUGAUUCGGGAAAUGGUCUCACAACGCCUUUUGCCAGUGGAUUCAUGUCUACGUUGGGUGGUGGUGGUGGAGCAGCUGCUGCUGGAGCAAAAAGUGGAAUAAUGACACCGGGCUGGAAGUCAGACAUUCCAUCAUCAGGCACCUCAACCGACUUGGAUCUCGUUAAAAUCGGUCAAGCCCGUAACAAAAUUAUGGAUAUGCAGUUGACACAGGUCUCCGAUUCGGUUACAGGACAGACUGUAGUUGAUCCGAAAGGUUAUUUGACUGAUAUGCAAAGUAUUAUUCCACAAAUGGGUGGAGAUCUUCAAGAUAUUAAGAAAGCUCGAAUGUUGCUGAAAUCUGUGAGAGAAACGAAUCCCCGGCAUCCACCGGCGUGGGUUGCGUCGGCGGUUCUUGAGGAACAAGCUGGAAAGCUUCAGACUGCACGGAAUUUCAUUAUGGAGGGAUGUGAGAAGAUUAAGAAUUCGGAGGAGUUGUGGCUCCACGCAAUCCGCCUUCAUCCACCAGAGCUUGGCCGUUCAAUCGUCGCAAACGCAGUCCGUUCGUGUCCCCACAGUGUCCGUCUAUGGUGUAAGGCGUCGGAUCUCGAGCAGGAUCUGAAAGACAAGAAAAAAGUGCUCCGAAAGGCUCUCGAACAAAUCCCAUCGUCAGUGAAGCUUUGGAAGGCGGCCGUCGAGCUUGAAGAUCCAGAAGAUGCUCGAAUUUUGCUCACCCGGGCGGUCGAAUGUUGUAGCUCGUCUACCGAGAUGUGGUUGGCUCUGGCACGUCUCGAGACUUAUGAGAAUGCUCGAAAAGUGCUUAAUAAGGCUCGUGAGCACAUUCCGACAGACCGUCAUAUUUGGCUGUCGGCCGCCCGUCUCGAGGAGACACGUGGACAAAAGGAUAUGGUUGAUAAGAUUGUUGCGAAGGCGAUGAGCUCGUUGAAGGUCAAUCAAGUGGAAAUUAAUAGGGAUCAGUGGUUGAAGGAUGCCGUCGAUGCGGAAAUGGCAAAAUGUCCCAUUACUUGUCAGGCUAUCAUUCGAAACGUGAUUGGAUUGGGUGUCGAAGAUGAGGAUAAACGUACCACAUGGCUCGCCGACGCUGAAAAUUUCGAAAAAGAGGAGGCAUUCACGUGUGUACGUACGGUAUACGCUAUUGCUCUCAAGGAAUUUUCACGAAAACGUAGUAUUUGGGAUGCUGCUAUUCAUUUUGAACGGGAACACGGUUCACUUGACGAACACGAGGCGAUCCUUCUAAAAGCGUGUGAAACAGUUCCAGAAGUUGAAGAUUAUUGGCUUAUGCUUGCAAAACUUCGUUUCGUUAAUAAACGAGUCGGCGAAGCACGUGAUACAUUAAUGAGUGCAUUCGAAAAACAUGGACAUCAAUCGGAAAAGAUUUGGCUUGCCGCUACGAAGAUUGAAAUUGAAACUGAUCAAUUUGAUACGGCACGUGGAUUAUUUGGAAAAGCUAGAGCCAAAGCGCCGUCGGCUAGAGUUUGGAUGAAAAAUGCGCAUUUCGAAUGGUGUCUUGGCAACGUUGAAGAGGCGAAACGUCUUUGUGAAGAGUGUAUUCAGAAAUAUGAUGAUUUCCACAAGAUUUAUCUCGUUUUGGGACAAGUUUUGGAGCAAAUGAACGAUGUUCACGGAGCCCGUCUUGCUUAUACUCAAGGAAUUCGUAAAUGCCCUGGCGUCAUUCCACUUUGGAUUCUCCUCGUACGCCUCGAAGAAAAAGCCGGUCAAAUUGUAAAAGCACGUGUUGAUUUGGAAAAAGCGAGGCUUCGUAAUCCGAAAAAUGAUGAUUUAUGGUUGGAAAGUGUCCGUUUUGAGCAGCGUGUCGGAUGUCCUGAAAUGGCAAAAGAACGAAUGAGUCGAGCACUUCAAGAGUGUGAAGGAAGUGGAAAGCUAUGGGCUGAAGCAAUUUGGAUGGAAGGACCACACGGCCGACGUGCUAAAUCGAUUGAUGCAUUGAAAAAGUGUGAACACAAUCCACACGUACUUAUUGCGGCUGCAAGGCUUUUCUGGAGUGAGAGAAAGAUCAAAAAGGCACGUGAAUGGUUUGUUAGAGCUGUUAAUCUGGAUCCGGAUAAUGGAGACGCAUUCGCCAAUUUUUUGGCUUUCGAGCAGAUUCACGGAAAAGAGGAGGACCGCAAGUCGGUAUUCAAAAAAUGUGUGACAUCGGAGCCUCGUUACGGUGAUCUAUGGCAAUCUGUAUCGAAGGAUCCGAUUAAUUGGAGACGUACAACUGAAGAGAUAUUACAGCUGGCAACGCAGAAGAUUAAAGUUCCUACUUGAAUGGAUUUUUUUUGGUUUUUAUUUGAUUUCUGUUAUGAAUUUUAAUUAUUUUUCUAUCGAUUUUUCCUUUUUUCUCACUUUUUUUCCCGUUUGAAAAUUGCUCUUAAAUGAAGGUUUUUCUGUGAAUU